AUGCUUGUAUAUAUCAUUGUUUUAACGGUUUUUUCUGUUUAUAUUAUAUCAUCCUUUGUCUUCCUUCGUAAACCUCAUUUUAUUCAUAAACGACGUCGACCUGCCUUUAUUGCUCGAAAUAUAGCUCAUCGAGGAGGUACAAUUAUAUCAUGUGAUCAUAAUUUAACAAACGAAGAAUUAUUACGUAUACCAUUAUUAAAAGAUGUGUUUGAACGUUAUCCGACGAUACCAAUUAAUAUUGAUGUUAAAGAAAAUAAUGAUGAACUUAUUCGACAGAUUUCAAAACUUAUUCAAGAAUAUCAAAGAGAAGAUUUAACUUAUUGGGGUAGUUUUAAUCAUGUUAUAUGCCAAAAAUUGACUACUGAAAAUUCACAUAUUGUUCGUUUUUGUUCAUUAAAAGAAGCAGUAGGUAUUACUAUUGCUUAUUGGCUUGGCUUAUUACCUUUUAUACCAUUAAAACCAGGUGCAUUUGAAGUACCUAUUCCUGGUGAAGUUUCCCAAAAAGCGGCACGAAAUUUGAAUUGGAAAUUUAAAAUGCUGUUUUAUGUCGCGGAACGUGCAUUAAAUAAUAAAUCUAUGUUUGUACAUUUACAACGACGUGGUAUUUCUGUCUACGUUUGGAUAUUAAACAAUGAACAAGAAUUCGAAUAUGCUAUACAACAUAUGUGUGUUACUGGUAUAAUGACUGAUUAUCCAAGUCGACUUCGAAAUUAUUUAACGUCUAAGGAACAUGAAUUUAUUUUAAAUUGA